AUGCAGUUGAUAAGCUACUCCUAUGCUGUCGCCGCCCUUGCGAUUUGCUGCUUGAGCGCCGUUACAGCGCAGCCUCAGCGUGGUCUGGCCCAGCCGCGCUCCAACUCGUUUGAUGCGAACGCUGUGAUAUUAAAGCAGAACUUUGAUCUUAAUCCGGAUGGCUCCUAUCAGUACAACUAUGAGACAAGCAAUGGCAUACGCGCUGAUGAGGCUGGCUAUCUGAAGAAUCCGGGCUCGCAGUUGGAGGCACAGGUUAUGCAAGGCUCUUACUCCUACACAGGACCUGAUGGCGUUGUCUACAUCAUUAACUAUAUUGCCGAUGAGAACGGUUAUCGUGCUGAGGGCGCUCAUAUACCCACACCGCCUCCAGUGCCACGUCCCGCUGGCGCUCCCGGACGAUUCUUCAAAUAAUUGCUUUGACUUUGACAUUUAAAACGGUUUUAAUUUGUUAUAUACGCAUCCAAGACGAAGUUCAGGGCUGCACUCAAUACACAGACCUCUUAACGAUUUCUCACUGUACAAUUUGCACACACACAUACUCUCUCACUCACACACGCAUAUUCAUUUCAUAUGCACACACUCCUGUGUAUUUAUGCAUUUUUCUCUUUCUCGCUCAUCUACAUACAUUUUAGUGCUUAACGAAUUGUGUAAAUUUAUGUGUUUGUACAUUAUAUAAGUUGCAAUGUUAAAUGUCGCGAGCAGCAAAAGCAAGCUACAAGCAAUGAAACAAAAAUUGCUAU